GGCGUGGACUCCAUGCCUGCAAGGGGACAAUAGAGAUGCCGUCUGCGUCCGCGGCGGCAUCGGCGCCGGCGUCACCCCCCGCUAUAAAUCCGUCGCACCCGCCCACCCACCUGCCGUGCCAGUGCUCUCAUCUGCGUACACGGUCUCCCUCUUCCUGUCAGUAGUAGAGUGAGAGUGAGGCAGCGAGUAGGAGACAAGGGGAAAUGGGGAAGGGAGCGCAAGGGAGCGAUGCGGCGGCGGCGGGCGGCGAGGUGGAGGAGAACAUGGCGGCGUGGCUGGUUGCCAAGAACACCCUCAAGAUCAUGCCCUUCAAGCUCCCGCCCGUCGGCCCUUAUGAUGUCCGCGUGCGCAUGAAGGCAGUGGGGAUUUGCGGCAGCGAUGUGCACUACCUCAGGGAGAUGCGCAUCGCGCACUUCGUGGUGAAGGAGCCGAUGGUGAUCGGGCACGAGUGCGCGGGCGUGGUCGAGGAGGUGGGCGCCGGCGUGAUGCACCUGUCCGUGGGCGACCGCGUGGCGCUGGAGCCGGGCGUCAGCUGCUGGCGCUGCCGCCACUGCAAGGGCGGGCGGUACAACCUGUGCGAGGACAUGAAGUUCUUCGCCACCCCGCCGGUGCACGGCUCGCUGGCGAACCAGGUGGUGCACCCGGCCGACCUGUGCUUCAAGCUCCCCGACGGUGUGAGCCUGGAGGAGGGCGCCAUGUGCGAGCCGCUGAGCGUGGGCGUGCACGCGUGCCGCCGCGCGGGGGUGGGGCCCGAGACGGGCGUGCUCGUGGUGGGCGCCGGCCCCAUCGGCCUGGUGUCGCUGCUGGCGGCGCGGGCCUUCGGCGCGCCGCGCGUGGUGGUCGUGGACGUGGACGACCACCGCCUGGCCGUGGCCAGGUCGCUGGGCGCGGACGCGGCGGUGCGGGUGUCGCCCCGCGUGGAGGACCUGGCGGACGAGGUGGAGCGCAUCCGCGCGGCCAUGGGCUCGGACAUCGACGUCAGCCUGGACUGCGCCGGGUUCAGCAAGACCAUGUCGACGGCGCUGGAGUCGACGCGGCCCGGCGGGAAGGUGUGCCUGGUCGGGAUGGGCCACAACGAGAUGACGCUGCCCCUGACGGCGGCGGCGGCGCGGGAGGUGGACGUGGUGGGCGUGUUCCGGUACAAGGACACCUGGCCGCUGUGCAUCGACUUCCUGCGCAGCGGCAAGGUGGACGUCAAGCCGCUCAUCACCCACCGCUUCGGCUUCUCGCAGCGGGACGUGGAGGAGGCCUUCGAGGUCAGCGCCCGCGGCCGCGAUGCCAUCAAAGUCAUGUUCAACCUCUAGGCGGGCAAGCCGCCUCCCUCUCGGUCCAGCCGUCUAGGCGCCGUCGCCGUAUGCCCCUGCCCCCACCCAGGCCACAACUCCUGGAAUAAAAAUGACAGAAAAGAAACUUUAUAGUUCGAUGAAUGGGCAGUUUGCCGUGGUUUUGGAAUAAUUUGGACUUCGUCUUUUUUCGCUUCUGUUGUCGUACCAUUGUCUUAAUCGAUUUGUGGAUUUUGAAGUC